CUAAAUUUGAAUUAUGAGUUCCUUUAAUCCCUACGCGGAGAAGAAGAAGCAAACUAAGGAAGAAGACGAUCCUGACUUCAAAUUUAUCAAAGAUAAAGACCUGAAUAUGACCUCUAAUGAAAUGAAAGGACUGGUCAAAGCAAUGGAGUCUCAGGAGUUUAAAUCCAUCAUGGGAGAGUACCUCGAUGAUAUUUCAAAUCCAAAGAAUAAAGCAGAACUUGAGGAAUACUUGAAGCAAUGUGAAGAGAAUGGAGAGCUUCCUCCAAAUACAAAACUCAUUAGACCAACAGCAGGAUUCUGACUGAAGACAACGAGUAAUAAGUUGAUAAAUCGGAAGGAGAAGAAAUACUUCGAACAGAAGACCUUUAUCAAUAUCGCCUCUCAUGACAUUAUGGAUCCUCCAAAGAAGAUUGAUAGGGUGAAAAAUGGAUCAAGAGGAUAUACAUUCGAGCUACCUUAUAGAGUAUCGAAAGGGAGGCCAGAUCAAGAUAACAAGGGAGAGCUCUGUACAACCUACGAUGUUGUUUUCCAUCCAGAGGUUAUCAGCAUGUCUAUGCUUUACAAAGGGGAAUUUAUCAAAUUUGUGUGUGAUACAGCUAUCGAGGGUGUCAACAAAGUUCUCAGCCAAGACAAUGAGAAGCUCUCUAAGGAUUAUAAAUUGAUGAACAAAUUGAGAUGCAAAGGAGGGGCGCCAGCUUCAAUUACUGUGAAAGUUCAAAGUGAGAAUCCUAUCAUUAAUUCAUUGGAUCCCUCUAAGCAUGAGACUACUCUACAGAAGAAUGUUCUGAAUCAAUCCAAAGAAGCAGUUGAAAAGAGAAAACAAGAACAGCAAAACAAAGCACAAGAGGACGAUGAUGAAGCAGAAGACGAUGAAGAAGAGCUUAAAAGAAUUGAGGGCAUCUCUGAACCAAAGCAUAAAAUAGUCUACUCAUAUCCUGUAAAUGUUGCAGAUUGUUGGGAACCUCCUGCCGACAUACUCCAAGAUCGUAGGUUCCCUAUUUCAUUACGUGUGACUAUCAUGACUCCCUUCAUUGAGUCAACAAAAGAUGCAGACUUGGAUAUAAACGAGGAUACUCUGAUGUUCAAGGUUCCUGACAUCUACGAUCUGAUGCUCACAUUUAAAUACAAAGUUGAUCCAGAGAAAGGUGGCGCUAAAUUUGAAAAAGACAAGAAAAGACUAGUCAUCGAUCUCCCAGUUGUAGGAGUCACUGAUGUCACUCAUGAGAUCAUGAAGAAGGACAAAGAACAAUUUGAGAACAACAUGAAGAGAAUUUCAGGAGAAUUAAUCCAGGAUAUGGACAAUUACACCCAAGAUGUCAGCAAAGGCUUUGAAGCAAAUUUUGAACUUGAAGAACAGGUUGAUAUGAACAAGCUUAAGGAUGAAGCAUUAAAUGAAGAGCAAAAGGAGGAUGACUCACAACAAUUCCUUAAGAUAUAUGAUGAGUCCAAGAAUGAAUCUAAGGAGAAACCUGAAGGCCCAGCUGUUCUGGAUGAUAUCAAAUUUAAGGAGGAUGAACAGGAAUCUGACAACCUUAUCGGAAUCAAUCCAAUUAACAGCAAAGUUGAGUUAGUAAAAGAAAUUCCAGCUGAAGAGCAUUCUAAAGAAGAGCUUGAGAAGGCCAAGAAAGAUCUCGGAAUUCCUGAGAAGAAAAAAGAGAAGGAAUUUGAAUGAAUCGAGGCUAUGUUUCAACAAAGAAAUGAGCUCUUGUUCUACAUGUUCCAAGUAAAGGGGUAUAAGGAAGAGAAUGUCAAAUAUUUUGUGUCAGAAUCCCAUCUCUAUGUUGAACAUGACACUGAAGAGAAGAUGACUAAAUCGUACAUCGAAUUUCCCAAAGAAAUAGAUCCCUAUGAUACAAAAGUGCAAUUUAAUGUAGGGUUCAUCAACUUCACUCUAAAGAAAGAGAGUGUUACUAAGUGGAAAAAUGCUGGAAAUUAUCUCUCAGGAAUCAAAAAGUUCAAUGAAGAGGAUCAUAACCUCAAGAAGCACUUUAAGAGCAACUUCUUGUUCCCUCCAAAACCAGAGGGAGCUAAGAUAGAGCCAGAGCAUGACUCUGAUAAAGAGAAUAAUGCUGACCUGGAUAAUGAAGGAGCAAAAGACUCGGCACCUAAAACCUUGCAAGAAGCUUUAGAGAGGAUCCAGAAGAGACAGGUCUCACAUCUUGACCUGGAUUCUUCUAUAAUAUUCGAAAUAUUUUAG